CGGAUUCUGCCUGUCGCCAAGCACGCGUACAUCGGCACCUGCGGAUUCUGCCGACCACCAUCAUGAACUCAAAGGGCGGAUGCCAGAUCUGGUUAACCCACCUGGCAGCCACCCACGGCGUCGACGUCGCAGAUCUGAGAGACAAGAUCACAUGGGAAGAGUUAACACGGUUGUGGAAGAAGCAGUUCAUCGUCGACGACGCACCAACACUUGCCAUCAACCGUCUCUUCACCAUGACUCAAGGCAACACAGCAACACGUGACUGGCUCACGGAAUGGCAGAAGAUCGCGGCAACGCCCGAUCUUGACUUACCAUUUCUGCAUCUGCGCCGUGAGUUCUACAACUGGUCAUGCGCUGCAUUGAGCCAGGCACUUGGUGAUCACAAGCAGUAUGCAACUUUUGCCGAGAUUAUUGAGAAGGCGAGAGAGAUCAUCAAGACCAACAGGGCGGUUGCACACGAGAAGUCAACGCGGCAGCCAACCUAUGUGGAGAAGGUGAGAACUGGUCCGCGACAGCAGCAGUUCGCUGCAGUCCAAUCGGACAACACUGUGGAAGACACGGCAGCCACCCAAGCGUCACGUGAGGGAGAUCGGGUGGCUUCUGUCCAGCCGCGAAGCAACAACAAACCCCGAGUGAACGGGAAGGCGAAACCAGCAUCGCAGGCCGGAAACGGACAGCCAGCACCACCAUGGGUCAAGUUCAACUUGACCGAGGCCGAGUACAAGUACCGCAACCGUUACGGCUGCUGUUACUGGUGCAACAGCACCAAGCACAAGACCUCCCUGUGCCAGGAUGAGGCCAAGGAGGAUGUGCGGCCUCUUGACUUUGCCCCUCACGCAAGUGAGGCGGUGUCCUUUGACAUUCUGGACACCAAAUUCGACAUGAUCUUCGACAUGUCAAGGCUGCAAAGCGAGGAGCACCCGGUGAACUUCUACUGCCGCACCGUUCACGUUCGUGAUCGGAACGGAGUACUAGUCCCAUGCACGGUAGCUCCUCCUCACCCUUCAGUCAGCUGUCACGUGGUAUCAGCCGCAAGCAUGCGAGCUUCCAUCACCAGAGACGACAUCGAGGAGAUGGGGGUGUGUUUUUUCCACGCCCUCCUGCCCCAUGACGCUUCAUCGACGGACUCAUCUUCGGAUCCACGCAUCACCGAGCUUCUCGACGCAUACAGCGACGUGUUCGAAGACCCGCACGAAGUAGUACCAGAUUGGCCCAUCCGCCACGAGAUCAUCCUCGAGGACAGGGCCGUACCUCCACGCGGUUGCAUCUACCGAAUGAGCGAGGAAGAGUUAAGUGUGCUUCGGGCACAACUCGACGACCUUCUGGAGAAAGGCUGGAUUCAGCCUAGCUCAUCGUCAUACGGUGCUCCUGUUCUCUUCGUUUGGAAGAAGAACAAGGAUUUGCGGUUGUGCAUCGAUUAUUGCAAGCUCAACGCGCAGACGAUCAGGAACACCGGCCCUCUCCCACGCAUCGGCGAUCUUCUCGAGCGACUGGGCGGCGCCAAGUUUUUCUCCAAACUCGAUCUCAAGUCAGGAUAUCACCAACUCGAGAUUCGCAAGGAGGACCGCUACAAGACCGCGUUUAAGACGCGAUAUGGGCAUUUCGAAUGGCUGGUUAUGCCAUUUGGCCUUACGAAUGCCCCUGCCACUUUCCAAGCGGCUAUGGCAACGGAUCGGAGUUUGGAGGAGCAUGUGGAACACCUGCGCACCGUUUUGGAGCGGCUACGACAAGCCAAGURCAAAGCCAACCGCGACAAGUGCGAAUUCGCACAGCAGGAGCUGGAGUACUUGGGACAUUAUGUGAUGCAGCAAGGCAUCCAUCCGCUUGCGGACAAGAUCAAGGCCCUACGAGUAUGGCCCGAGCCCACCAACACCACGGACGUUCGUUCAUUCAUGGGAUUGGCGGGCUACUAUCAGCGAUUCAUCACCGGAAACUCGAGGAUUGCUGCACCUAUGACGAGGUUACAAUCGCCAAAGGCGCCAUUCGUAUUCGAUAACGACACACGCCGUUCAUUCCAAGCACUUAAGACGGCUAUGCUCAUGGCACCCGUCCUUAGCAUCUAUGACCCCACCCUGCCGACGAGAGUGACUAUAGACGCUUCCGGCUAUGGCAUUGGGGCAGUCUUGGAACAACACGACGGCGAUGACUGACACCCUGUGGAGUAUUUCCGCCACAAAGUGUCUCCCAUUAACUC